AUGGCAACAACAGUCUCGUCCACUCUCACGGGCCUGGAGAGCCUGCUGGCCGCCGACAGCAUCCCCGACGAGCUCUGGCAAGACGACGCAACUCGGAAGCGUCUUCUUCAAGCCUGCAGGCGAGUGAGCCUCCGACUGGAGAAGCCAUGGGACACGGUGCAGCGACUCUCGUACCUCCCGCUCGAAUUGAGCGUCGCACGCAUUGGCGGCGACAUGGCGCUCUGGAAGACGCUGGUGGACCUGGACAGGUCCUCCACAGUCGACGAGCUUGCUAAAAUCACUGGGUCCGAUGCAACGCUUGUGACUCGCAUCUUGCGAUACGCUGCUUCUGUCGGCAUGGUGGAGGAGCGAGGAGAGAACGUGUUCAAGCCGUCGAAUAUCACACGGAAUAUGAUCGCUCCGGGGAUGCAGGCGGGAUUCUUUCAUGCGAUCGAAAACUGUGCCCGUCCAUACAUUGCCUUGCCCGAAUUUCUCGCCAGGACAGGGUAUCAAAAUCCGACGGAUCCGAAGCGGACGGCCUUCCAGCUGGGCCACGAUACCGAUCUGCACAUCUUUCAAUGGUAUGCGGCCCAUCCGAAAAACAUCGCCACGUUCAGCGAAUAUAUGGAAGUGCAACGGGUCGACGAGCCUAAGUGGCUGUCUGCGUUCCCGUUGCAGGACUACUGUGACAUCAGCACGAAUAAUCAUGAAGAUACUAUCGCAUUCGUCGAUAUCGGCGGCGGGCACGGGCACCAAUGCGUCGCCCUUCUCCAGGAGUUCCCCCAGCUGAAAGGGCGAGUCGUGCUGCAAGACCUGGAGAAGGUGCUCGAGGGCGUCCGGAUUGACGGGGUGCAAGUGAUGGUGCACGACUUCAUGACCGAGCAGCCGGUCAAGGGGGCACGGAUCUACUACCUGCGAGACGUCCUGCACGACUGGCCCGACCAUGUCUGCGAGACGAUCCUCUCGCGGAUCAUCGACGCCAUGUCCGACCAGUCGGUCAUCUUGAUCGAUGACCUGGUGUUGCCCGCCACGGGGGCCCAUUGGUACGCAACCGGACUGGAUCUGGCGAUGAUGAGUCUCGUUGCGGCCCAGGAACGCAGUUUGCCUGAGUGGCAUCGUCUGCUGCAGAAUGUGGGAUUGGGGAUUAAGCAGCUGGUCAAGUAUACGGAUAAGGGUGAUUCGAUCAUUGUUGCUGCGAAGGACGAAGAAAGGUGA